AUGGAUGAUGGUAGAGGUCCACCCAAAAGAAUUAGAGGAAAUCACCAAUCUCCUAAUACAUUGGCAAGUUCUUCUAUUUCUCCCCCUAACGAGGUUGCUAUGGGGGGUAAUGUAACAUUGCCAUCUCAAAUUCAUUUGCUCAAUCAAGUAGAACAACUUGGUAAUUCAUGGAGUAGACCAGGUCGGUCUCUUAUGGUGAAUAAUGAAAAUAAUCAUUUAAUUCCUGAAAACAAUUUGGUGCAACACUUUCAACCAACACUUCAUAUACAAGCAUCCCAUACAAAUGAAAGUUCAUUAGAGAGUGGCAAUGGGAAUGUCUUAAGGUUUCAUCAUCAUCGUCCCCUUGGUAAUCAACAACACAAUGUUAAUCAUCGCCCAACACUUCCUAUGCAUGGAGUUCAACCAAAUCCUCCACUUGGUGGUGCAAUCCCUCUACAACCAGGCCUUCAUAUUUUGGAAUCUCGUGGUGUGAUGUCUGAGAACACUCUCAGACAUCAAAGUGUUCAUCCCUUUGGAUCGUCACAGGAUGAUGAAGAUAUUUCAUUAAAUGAGGAAAUGGAAAAUCUGCUUGAUGAUAUUGCUUUCAACGAUGAAGUGCAAAAUUUACUUGAUGGGAUUUAUUUAGAUGAUGAAGAAGAAAAUCUGAUUGAUCCACAUCUAGGAAUGCGCUUGGAAAUUGAGGGCAUGUCCUAUGAGGAGUUCAUCGCAUUGGGUGAGAGGAUCGGUAAUGUGAGUAUUGGUUUAUCAAAGGAAGCAAUUACAACACAGCUGAAGACAAAAAUUUACACACCAUACCCUAAUGGUAUUAAUUUGGAGGAGUUACCUUCUGACAACAAAGAAAUUGAUUCUUGCACAAUAUGUCAAACUGAAUUUGAAGAUCAUGAGAAGAUUGGAAUCCUUCAAUGUAAGCAUGAAUAUCAUGUCGAGUGCAUACAAAAUUGGACUAUGGGAAUGAAUUCUCUCAAUUUUCCACCUUAUGUUUUAUGA